AUGGGAUCUGCAGACAAACGCCCGCUUCGGAUCGCGGUCAUUGGUGUCGGCCUGGCUGGCGCCGCGGUUGGUGCAUUUGCAAAGUCGCUACCGGAUAUCGAUAUACGGCUUUAUGAACGGUCACUUGUGCACCGUCAUGUCGGAGCCUGGAUUGGGGUUACGCCUGCCGGUCAGCUUUUGCUUGAAGAGAUCUGCGGGGAGAACGUCGUGGAUUCGAUCUGCUCUCGAACGUACUCGGAUCCCACCGUGCGAGAUUGGCAGAGUGGACGAGUCCUUCUCUCCGGUGGCCCACUUCCCGAAAACGCCUCUCCUGAGGAAAGGCGGAGUAGAAGGGGCCAAGCCGGAACUACUCGGCAGGAUUUACUUCAGGUAAUAAUCAACCAGCUGCCAAAAGAUUGUGUUUUUCUUGGUAAGAAAGGUACUAGCUUUGCGGUAAAUGAUGACUCUGCCACCGUCCACUUCCACGAUGGCUCCCACGUUGAGGUGGAUCUUGUUGUCGUGGCAGACGGAAUCAAGUCUAAGCUUCGCCAGCAACUAUAUCCCGAGAAUGUAGUCAAGUACUUGCCUCAAGUAGAGUAUAUGGAAGUCUUCGAGAGAGAGCAUUUGUCCAGGACUAUUCCCGACCUACCUGAAGGAACCCAUUGUUUCUUUCAAGAGGAGAAGAUGGUUUUCAUUGGAGAUAUAGGCCGCGGCAGGUUUGGCUUCAUUGCUGUGAUGCCUGAUGAUCCUGAGCAGGUAGCACAGCUGGGAUGGGCUGAUAGCAUGAAUUCCUCACGAUUGAGCAAACUCAGAGAGCAAUUAGAGGGAUGCACUCCGUUGAUCAACAAAAUUCUUGACCAGUCAAGGAACAUGGGCAUCUUCCCAAUUGCGAGGGGUGGUUGGCUCACUUCACUUAUAGCCAAUGACCGGAUAUGCUUUGUUGGCGAUGCGGCGCACCCAACUGGUGGUGCAUUCGGAGCAGGGUGCAGCUUUGCAUUUGAGGAUGCGAAAACCUUGACUCUGGCUCUCAAUCAUUCUUAUAGAGUGAAUGGAUGCUGGUCGAACGAAACAAUUCGACGAGCUCUUGAGCUCUACAAUGCUACACGAGGUCCGCACAUUUUGAAGGUAUUCCAAUUGCUGGAGGCUAGUCAAGAGCCUGGAAGCCAGACAGAAAGAGGAAAACUGGCGACUGCGCAGCAAAUGAAGUGGCUUACUACUAUUGACACUGAAUUGGAGUUCCAAAAGGCUCUCGCAUCAGAGGGCAAAGACCCAGGAGCUUUAAGCCGUCCUGUCCUAGAGACAUUCUUGCCAGCGCAGGAGGUGCUCAAGAUGGUCGCGCCUCGUGGCUCGUUGUAG